GACUGCCGUUGCCGCCGACGUUCAAACAGCUCGGGACCGUCGGCUCGAUCGUUUGGCCAAACGCGAUUUCCUUCACGACACGCUCAAUUUCUUCUCGCUCGUAGGCCAUUUCCGAGAACGUUGUUUGGCUUUUUUUUUCCUAAACCCCGUCCGAAAAAAACGUCAAAACGGCGUCCAUCAUAUUCACACAGGUGUUUGACUCGGAAGACUCGUUGACCGGACCCAUCGUACUCGGGUUCGCCGUCAUCGGGUUCUUGGCCGUGUUGUUCCUGAUAUGCGACGUACUACUCGAGAUGGCAAAGGGAUGCGCGGCACAUCUAUUGCCACUGGUGAUGCCCGACCGGACUCCGCUGAGCGUCAAGUACGGAAAAUGGGCAGUGGUCACUGGAUCUACAGACGGCAUUGGAAAAGAAUACGCCAAGGAAUUAGCCAAACGAGGACUCAAUAUUGUAUUGAUUAGCAGGUCAAUUGAUAAAUUGAAUAAAAUUGCUUCGGAGAUAGAACAAGAGUUCAAUGUCGAAGUUAAAGUUAUACAAGCCGAUUUUAGCAAAGGACAGAUCGUGUUCGAUCACAUCACCAAAGAAUUAGAGAACAUUGAAAUCGGAAUAUUAAUAAACAACGUUGGUAUGCAAUACUUAUAUCCAAUGUACAUUACCGAAGUACCGGAAUCGACCGUAUGGGACUUGGUGAAUGUUAACGUUGGUGCUACCACACAUAUGACAAAAGUCGUGUUGCCGGGCAUGCAAAAACGGAAACGGGGAGCCAUCGUAAACGUGUCGUCCAGUGCAGAAUUGCAGCCCAUGCCACUGUUGGCCGUGUACGCAGCAACCAAGUCAUACAUAAAAAGCUUUACGGAAGCACUUCGCAUCGAGUACGAAGAAGACAAUAUAACGGUGCAACAUCUUUUCCCGUUGUUCGUUAACACAAAAAUGAACGCUUUCAGCUACAAAUUACAAGAGACGACUUUAUUCGUACCCGAUGCAAAGAUGUAUGCCACGAACGCCGUCAACACAUUGGGUAUGGUGGACCACUCGACCGGCUACUGGGCCCACGGUAUUCAGCAUUUCUUUAUGAGACUGCCACCAAUAUGGAUUAGAACUUUGAUUGGAGAAUUUAUGACUCAUUCCUUUAGAAGUGACUAUUUUUCUAAAAAAGGUUUUAAAGUAGAAUAAUUUUACAAGAAUUUAUACUUGUGUUACAUAAGUGUUAUCUAUAAAAAAAAAAGUAUAUUAUAUUAUAACACUUAUAAAUUGAUAGAUUUUAUUAUUAAUUAAAUUGUCUUACAUACUAUUA